UAUCUUGCACUCUAGAAUGUGGUCUCUACUGGUCACCCUCAUUUUGUGUUGUGGAACUCUCAUCAGCCACGGUGACAAAGUAUCAUGGAUACCUUCGACCACCAAGCUUUCUGCAAGCUAUAGGACUAGACAAGAAAGAUCACUGCCGAAGAAACUGUCCUCUAAUAAAGGUUCUAGUAAAGAUUCUGCAGCUCUUUCCUUGCUUACUUGUCAGCGACAACUUGCAAGACUAUCGAUUGCAAUGCACUCUUCCAUACGUUACAACAGCAACGCUUGCUCUCGUACGAGUUACAGAGUAACUCUGAGGUACGGUCGAUGCAGACGGCAAGUCGAGACAAAGUUGUGCUAUGGCAUGUGUACAAGCUACUCGCGUCUUAUUUCAGAGACAUUCGUCAUUUCAGCGAUGAGGCUCCGAGAUCUAGAACGAGUUGAAAGGGGUUGCUCUUACUGCACACACGUGGGGAACAUUAGUAUAAGAAAGUACCAUGUCAACUGCAUUGUGAACGGACGGUACACCAGGAAACUUUUCUACAUUCCAUGGAUUGAGAGUUGCAGAUGUAGGCCUUGUCUCACUAUAUAAAUAUCUGAGAAUAAAUGUAUGUCUGAUUUGGUUUGUUGGACAGUUUGUGUGUUGGAUUCAUGCGACUGUCGUAGUCUAAUUACGAUAUAAUGAAUAUUUGAA